AUGAGGCAGGAUCUCGAUGAGGAGUUCUGUGGCCUCGACCUGCCUACUGUCCAGCCUGAGUCAUUCCACCACCUUGCACCAUUGGAGCGGUACCACAGUGAAAAGCCAUACAAAUGCCAGCUGCCCAAUGAAUGCUUCCCCGGCCUCGAAAUGCACAACCUCGUCUCGAAAAGCUACCGCGUCAGCAUUUCUGACAUUACCGGCCACGAAGCCCGGUUCUCCCUCCCUGUCUCUGGGUUCGAAUUUGCCAAGUCUCCUGUCACUGUACAGAAUUGGUCCGACGAUUAUGUGUUGUCCGAAUAUCUCCCCGGGCUUGUCGAAUGGCUAACGCAGCGUCUUGGCUGCCGGGGCGUCUUCUGUUACGCCUACAAUGUGCGUCCCCACCGAUGGGGUGGUGCGGGUGCUGCAGGAGGCAUCGACCACUCCGUCUGGAGGCCAAUAUCACCGGCACCCGUGGAAGAUUGCCCCCUGGCUCUCUGCGACUUCCGCACUGUUGACCGCGAUGAUCUGGUCCCUAUGGACAUUGUCUAUCCGCACUUCAUCGACGAGGCUUACGAGGUGAAAUACAACCCAUCCCACCGAUGGUUCUAUAAGAGAGGCAUGACGCAGGACGAUGUCAUUGUCUUCAAACUCUACGACAGCAUGAAGAGCGAGGCAACUGGCAAGUCUAAUACCCAAACCUAA